GAAGUAAAAUCAUGACAUUCAAUAAAAAUGAUAUCAAUACAAUCAAAAAAGCAAAGGAAUAUCCUGACUAUCAUGGUGGUGAACUCACUCAACCAGAAAAAGAAAUCUUUAAUAGUUCUCUUUUAACUCCUAAUGGUAUUUUGGAUGUUUCUCUUCUCCAAGAUACCGCUGAAUUAUUAAAUAAUUGUAAAAAAGCAGAGGCUAAUUUAGUUACUGAAAAAACUUCUGAAACAGGAUUGUCUACUAAUGGUAAUGCUUUACUUGUUGCUUUAAUGGAGCAAAGAAGAAAUAAUUCCAUUGCUUACCAAUUAGUUAAUGAAAAGGAUGAAAAUGAGGAAAGAAGAGUUGAUAAAAUGGUAAAAGAAUACCAAACUGUCUUAUUUAGAAAAAACAAUAAAACUUUGGAUUUAAAAUUAAAGGAAGCAUUAAUCACUUUUGCAAAAGUAUCAGAAGAAGAAGAAAAAGUUGCAAAAGAGAUUACUGAGUUAGAAAAAAAAUAUAAUCCUCAAGUUCUUCAAGAACAAACUGAUUUAGAAAAUAAGAUUGAUAUCCUUACUAAUAAAGAAGGUGCAAAAAUACUUUGUAGAUCUGAUAUAGCAGCUUCAGCUACUUCCUAUGGUUCAGUGAUCGAAACUGGCUAUAAUGGUAAUGGUAAACCUUAUACUCAUCCGAUUUAUUUAACUAAUGAUUUACCAGGACAAAUUUUUACUCUUCUUAAAGACCUAGACAAAGAUAAACUUUUUGCAUAUAUUGAUUCUUCUGAUUCGGAUGUAAUCAUUAAGACAAAGGAUUAUGUUUUGGAGAGUGGAAGUGCAAGUACACUUCACGUUCCUUUCCCUUUUGAAGAGAAACAUUUAACUUGGGCGAAUGUGUUAAGUAAAGAUGGUAUUAAUUAUGAAAAGAUUCGGGAAAUAACUGUUUAUGAAAAGAAAAUGGUUAUAAGAAAUACUUUUGCAAAGUUUAGAAAUGAUGCCAAAGUUCUAAGUUUCCAACAACUAGAAGCUAGAAAAUCUGAUUUUGUUUCUUCUAUAGGUCUAGAAAGUAUUCAUGCGGAAUUAGGAAAAAAAAGGAGUGAAUUAACUAAAAUUAGUCUUCAAAAAGCUGAUAAAAAACAAAAACUGAUCCAAAUCCAAAAUCAAAUUAAGGAUUUUGAAACUAAUCAAAUUAAUCACUUACGAACUCAACUUAAAAAUUUAGGAGAUAAAUUAACUAAUCCGAGUGAUGAAAAUAUUAUCACUUAUCAAGAAACGAUUGCAAUUAGAACUUUGAUUUACUUCUUAACUGAUUUAGAAAAGGAGGGCAAACUAGAAACACUCCUUACAACUACUGAAAAAGGAUAUCUCACUAAAGUAGAACACGAGUUAGAUAAUGCUCAACAAACCAUUGGUCUUAGUCCAGAAGAAGAAGCAGAAUUAUUGGCGAUUACUAAUUACUUAACUAAUCCAGAAUUAAGAAGUGAAAAUCUUCAUGAAUUAGAACUAAAAAAGAUUGCUGACAUUUUGCUCAAUUUAGAAGAUAAAACUACUUUUUUCAAUGAACUGAAGGAAUAUUUGAAAGAUAAGCAAGGAGUGCCAAUUUUCCCUGCUGACACUGCAGAUGAUUACCAAAAAACAGAUUAUUUCUUUACUUUACCUCCUCAACAUGUCAUUACUUUCUCCACAACUUAUCACAUUAAACAUGAUAGUGUUAAGAAAAAAGAAAUUGAAACUGAGAUGAAAGCUGAUCGGAAUCCAGCAGAUAAAACUAAAAGUUUAGAUUGGAACAUUUAUGGAGAUGGAACUAGUCCAACUGAAGCAGGAACUAAAAAAUACUAUUUCAAAAAACUCGCAGGAAUUAACCAUAGUUAUGCUAAACAAAAAGCUACUGAAAGCCAACCUACUUCCAAAGAAGGCUUUUGA